AUGACUAAGAAACUAACGAGUGCCAAACUCCAUAUGGAACUCGACCUCGACUCCUUCCUUGAUUCUCAUUCCUCCUCCGAUUCUGACACCGAUUCCACCUCCGUCCCUCACCGCACUCUUGACGAAAUCCUCAACGACUCCGAUUCCUCAACUCCUCCUUCAUCCCCACCGUCCAUCGAACCUCGCCUCCAGUCAGAUCUCUCUAUCUCCCACCACGACGACGCCUCACUAGAAUCGGUACAAUCACAAAUUCUCCCUGAUAAAUCCGAUCAACUAAAAUCCACUCUACGCACUCGAAUUACUAGUUCACCAUGGAGCCUCCCUCCUCUGUCUUCGUCUUCUUCUUCUUCUACUUUGAGACAGUUGCCAUCGCUUUUCGGUGGAGUGAGAUCGAAUGCGAAGCCAGGGGCAGCGCUUGCGGCGGCGGCGGCUGCCUCUCGGUCGGUUCCGACACCGCAUGCCGCCGCGAUCAAGUCGAGGAGAUUGAGCGGCGGGAGUGGAACCUUCCAGAAGAUUCUCGAUAUUGCAGAAUCAGGCUCCAAUGCUGGGGAUGAUCACGAAAUUGUUUCAAAUUCGUCGAACGGAGACUCAAUUGAAAGAAUUCAAUCUCAGUCAGAUGAGAACAUGAGUGAAUUUCAAUCUGCUACAGCAGAGAAUGCGAUUUCGAAUAGAGAGGAGGAUUUGGAGAUUUCACGUGAAAGUGAAGAGGGGCCGGUUCUUCAAAUUGAUCAAAUUGAGGAGGAAGUAAGAAUCAGUAAUGAUAGUAGUCAAGAUGGGUUGAAUGCUACUGGUUUGACCUCGAAUUCUGAUGAUAACUUCAAUUUAGAGGAUGAAAAUGUAGCUACUGUUUCUAAAGACAACGAUAAAACUAAUUUUUUGGAAGCCCGUGAUUCCAAUGAAACGGAUAUUAUUGACUCAAAUAAGGUCGAUUCGUAUCAAGAUGAUGCAGUGGAAGGAGAGAGAAAUAAUUUGGAAGAAAGUAUGGGUAAGGCAAAUGAUGAUCGGGUAGGUGUUUCUACUAUUGGCGAUGGUGAUGAUGUAAGUUCAAUAAGUGAUAUUUCGGAGCUUGUAGAGGAGAGAAUCGAGCAAUUGGAGAGUGAGAUGAUUAAUAAAAGGGCGGGGAAGAGGCAGAAGUCUAGUUUGAAGCCGCUUGAAUUGGCUGAAGAACUUGAGAAAAGAAUGGCGUAUACUGGAUUGCAUUGGGAGGAGGGUGCGGCUGCUCAGCCUAUGAGACUUGAGGGUGUUCGAAGGGGGUCAACUACUUUAGGAUAUUUUGAUGUUGAUGCUCAUAAUGUUAUCACGCAAACUGUUGGUUCUCAAGCAUUUAGGAGAGAUCAUGGCUCACCUCAAGUUUUGGCAGUUCAUCUUAACUACAUUGCAGUGGGAAUGUCGAAGGGUGUUGUUGUUGUCGUCCCUAGUAGAUACUCUCCUCACAAUGAUGAUAAGAUGGACGCGAAGAUGCUAAUGCUUGGUUUGCAAGGUGAUCGAUCUCAAGCCCCAGUGACUUCCAUGUGCUUCAAUCAGCAAGGGGACAUGCUCUUGGCUGGUUAUGGAGACGGUCACAUUACUGUUUGGGAUGUCCAGAGGGCAUCAGCAGCAAAAGUUAUUACUGGGGAGCAUACCGCAUCAGUUGUGCAUGCAUUCUUCCUAGGCCAGGACUCUCAAGUUUCUCGUCAGUUUAAAGCAGUUACUGGUGAUAGUAAGGGUCUGGUUCUGUUACAUGCUUUCUCGGUGGUUCCUUUGCUUAACAGGUUCUCCUUCAAAACGCAGUGUCUUCUUGAUGGACAAAGAACGGGAACAGUGUUAUCAGCUUCACCCCUUCUUUUUGAUGAAUCUUGUGGAGGUGCUUUGCCAGCUUCACAAGGAAAUUCUUCAGCAUCGUCCACCAGCAUUAGUAGCAUGAUGGGGGGUGUAGUUGGGGGAGAUACAGGUUGGAAACUAUUCAACGAGGGCUCUUCUUUGGUUGAAGAAGGUGUGGUCAUAUUUGUCACUCAUCAAACUGCUUUGGUGGUCAGGCUCAGUCCUAGUUUGCAAGUAUAUGCACAAAUUUCUAGGCCAGAUGGAGUUCGAGAGGGUUCCAUGCCUUACACUGCAUGGAAAUGUACCACACAAUCCCACAGUUCAUCAACUGACAAUGUUCCAGAACAUGUGGCAGAGAGAGUUUCAUUGCUUGCAAUUGCUUGGGAUCGAAAAGUGCAAGUGGCAAAGUUGGUCAAAUCAGAGUUAAAAGUUUAUGGAAAAUGGUCCCUUGACAGUGUAGCCAUAGGUGUGGCUUGGUUGGAUGAUCAUAUGCUGGUGGUACUCACAUUAACAGGACAACUACAUUUGUUCACAAAGGAUGGCACUGUGAUUCACCAAACUAGUUUUGCUGUUGAUGGUUCUGGGGGAGAUGACGUAGCUGCAUAUCAUACACACUUAAUCAAUAUCUAUGGGAACCCAGAGAAAGCUUAUCACAAUUGUAUAGCUGUAAGAGGAGCUUCUGUAUACAUACUUGGACCAACACAUCUUAUUGUUUCCCGCCUUCUCCCAUGGAAAGAGCGUAUUCAGGUUCUGCGUAGUGCAGGUGACUGGAUGGGUGCCUUGAACAUGGCAAUGACGCUUUAUGAUGGCCAAGCUCAUGGUGUUGUUGAUCUUCCUAAAUCGUUGGAUGCUGUAAAGGAAGCCAUAAUGCCGUAUCUGGUAGAGUUGCUUAUGUCGUAUGUGGAUGAAGUAUUUUCUUAUAUUUCGGUGGCCUUUUGCAAUCAAAUUGGGAAAGUGGAACAGCAAGAUGACUCAAAGACUGGAAGCAACUCGGUGCACUCUGAAAUAAAAGAACAAUUCACACGUGUUGGUGGUGUUGCUGUAGAAUUCUGUGUCCAUAUAAAGCGGACUGACAUGCUUUUUGAUGAAAUUUUCUCCAAAUUUGUCUCUGUUCGACAUAGAGAUACAUUUUUGGAACUUUUGGAGCCAUAUAUAUUGAGGGAUAUGCUUGGAUCUCUACCUCCUGAGAUUAUGCAAGCCUUGGUAGAGCAUUACAGUAGCAAAGGGUGGUUGCAGCGAGUUGAGCAAUGUGUCCUUCACAUGGACAUUUCCUCCUUGGAUUUUAAUCAGGUUGUUAGGCUAUGCCGGGAACAUGGAUUAUACGGUGCCCUGGUGUAUCUUUUCAAUAAAGGAUUGGAUGAUUUCAGGACACCUUUAGAGGAGCUAUUGGUUGUCUCUAGAACUAGUCAAAAAGAGACUGCUGCUGCCCUUGGGUACAGGAUGCUUGUUUAUCUGAAGUACUGCUUUUUAGGACUCGCCUUUCCGCCAGGACAUGGGGCUCUUCCCGUCACACGUUUACCAUCUCUUAGGAAAGAACUUGUGCAGUUUUUGCUAGAGAGUUCCGUUGCCCCUAAUCCACAGGCAGUUUCAAGAGGAACAUACCUGAACCUGUAUUAUCUCUUACAGUUAGAUACUGAAGCGACUUUAGAUGUUUUGAGGUGUGCUUUUUUAGAUGGUGAGAAACCUGAAUUCUCUAAGCAAGAUGGGGCCAAUACAGAUAUGGAGGCUAAGCAAGAAAACAAUAUGACGGUUGAAAGUCAAAAUUUAUUGAUUCAGAAUACUAUAAAUGCUCUAGUUCAAAUUACCGAAAAUCAUAUAUCCCAAGCAGAUGAAUCUGCUCUUGAUGAUGAUGAUACUGGAUUUGUGGAUGCAUGGCCUUCAAAGAAAGACAUAGGAAAUCUGUUUGAAUUCAUUGCACACCAUGUUGCAUGUAGAAAAGCUCAUGUUUCAAAAGUUGUGCUGAGUCAGAUUUUGGAGUACUUGACAUCAGGGAGUACUAUUCCAUCAAGUGUUCCUCCACACAUCAUUGAAACUUCAAAAGAGAGAGAGAAACAGUUGCUUGCACUGCUGGAAGUGGUGCCUGAGACUGAUUGGAAUGAGGCUUACGUGUUGCAGCUAUGUGAGGAAGCAUGCUUUCACCAGGUUUCUGGCUUAAUUCAUACCAUCAGACAUCAGUAUCUUGCUGCUUUGGAUAGCUAUAUGAAAGACAUAGAUGAACCCAUUCACACUUUCUCCUACAUUAACAAUAUGUUAGAAAAGCUGAGUGACAAUGAAAGUGGUGCUUUUCGAUCAGCUGUGAUAUCUAGGAUUCCUGAGUUGCUUGUCUUAAGCAGAAAAUCUGACGAUAUAGAUGUUGUUAAUGGAAGAAGGGUGAAAGACCAGUCAAAGGGACUCGCAGCUUAUCUGGAAAGGAUCUCUGAUUUUCCUAAGUUCGUGCGGAAUAAUCCUGUCCAUGUGAAUGAUGAUAUGAUUGAGCUUUAUUUCGAGCUAUUAUGUCAGUUUGAGCGCAAUUCAGUUCUCAGAUUCUUAGAGACUUUUGAUAGCUACCGGGUGGAACACUGUUUACGCAUGUGCCAGGACUAUGGGAUAAUAGAUGCUGCUGCCUUUUUAUUGGAAAGGGUUGGUGAUGCCGGAAGUGCUCUUUUACUCACACUUUCUGGUCUCAAUGAUAAAUUUUCAGAGCUAGAGACAGCCGUGGGAAAUGUGGUUUCAGAUAUGACUUUAAGUGGUUCUGCCCGUAGUGAUCAUUACAAGACUGUUUUAAAAAUGAAAGAGGUUCACAGAUUUCUAGAGUUCUAUGAUAUGGUGGACAACAUAUGCAGUAUAUUACAUGCCUGUAUUGGAUUAUGCCAGCGGAACACCCCACGUUUACAACCUGAGGAAUCUGAGAUACUCUGGUUCAGAUUACUUGACUCGUUUUGUAUGCCUUUGAUGGAUUCCUAUUCUGAUAGAAGCAUAUCAAAAGCAAAGAAUCAUGUUGGAGUGCUAGGUGAAGCUCUGGGUCUCCAGGAGGAUGAUGGGGCAGGGGUAAUCAAGUGGAAAAUCUCUAGAUCUUGUAAAGGUGCUCCCAUCUUGAGGAAAUUGUUCUCUAGGUUCAUCAAAGAGAUUGUUGAGGGAAUGGUAGGAUAUGUUCGCCUUCCAACUAUCAUGUCAAAACUCCUCUCUGAUAACGGUACCCAGGAAUUUGGUGAUUUCAAAAUUACAAUAUUGGGGAUGCUUGGAACAUAUGGCUUUGAAAGAAGAAUUCUGGAUACGGCCAAAUCCUUGAUAGAGGAUGACACAUUCUACACCUUGAGCUUACUAAAGAAGGGGGCAUCUCAUGGCUAUGCUCCCCGAAGUACUGUAUGUUGUAUAUGCAACUGCCCACUUGCAAAGAAUUCCAGUUUCCGUCUUCGAGUUUUCAGUUGUGGUCAUGCAACUCAUCUUGAUUGCGAACUUGAAAACGAGUCAUCAAGUAGGAGCCACCUAUCUGGAUGUCCUGUUUGCAUGCCUAAGAAGAAUACUCAGAAGGGGUCUAGAAAUAAAUCAGCACUUCCGGAGAAUGGUUUAGUGAAUAAAGUUUCCGAGAGACCACGGCGAGCACAUGGAACUAGCAUUUUACACCCACAUGAAGAUUUGUUAGAGAAUUCCUAUGGGCUUCAGCAAAUAUCACGGUUUGAGAUUUUGUCUAAUCUCCAAAAAGAUAAGAAAUUAGUUCAAAUAGAAAGCAUGCCUCAGCUAAGGCUUGCACCUCCUGCUGUUUAUCAUGAAAAGGUGAAGAAAGGACCUGGUCUUUUAACAGGAGAGAGUAGCAGCGAUAUUGCAACAGUUGAGAAACCAAUCAAAAGUAGGCAACUCAGAGAGCAAAAACUGAAGGGAUCAUCUCUUCGGUUCCCACUAAAAUCAAGCCUAUUCGGUAAGAUCUGUGAUCGCUCAGUUCGUGUUGGUAAAAUUUUCCACUAA